AUGUUGCCUUCAGCAUAUGCGAUAGCAAGAAGAGGACUGUGUUUCUCGAGUGGAUUAUUCAAAGGUCAUUCAAAAUGGCAAAACAUCAAGGCCACAAAGGGUAAAAAUGACAUGCUUCGAUCGAAGGCGAUCACAACUCUGCUGACGAAGGUAAAAGCGGCUGUAGCACACGGUGGAUAUGACACGAAGCUCAAUCGGGAACUGGCCGCAUUGGAGCAGGAAUUUCGAUCAAAGGGGUUGCCACUGGAUACUUUCAAGAAUUUCCUCACUAAAAUGAAGGAGAAACCCGAAGUUGACGUCCAGUUUAAUGUUAUUGGACCGUCUGGUACGUUUUUCAUAAUCGAAGCUGAAACCGACAGCAAGAGAGCGCUGGAGAACACAAUGCGGAAAUACUUCAAUAAGGUUGGCGGAUUUCGUUUUGCCUCUGAAGCUUCAGCAGUAUUGAGCUGGUUCGAGCAAAAAGGAGUUUUGAGCGUGAAACGAAAAAUGGAGGAGAUCGGAAUAGAGCUGGAUUGCGAAGACGUGUCUCUUGUUGAAGAUGAAGGUCGAGUGUUCGAGUUAGUGUGUGAUCCAGGAAAGCUUGCAAAAGUGGAAAAGGCUUUGACUAGUAAAGGGUUGAUUGUCGAGUCAGCUGAACUCCAAUUCCGACCCCUCCACCCUAUCAAAGUCGAGAGCGAAGAUGCAGCAAAAAUUGAAAAACUCUACGAAUAUUUACAGGAAGAUGAAUCAAUACGACAAAUAUUCGACAACAUUGUGCCUGCAUCGUGA